UCCUUCACACUCCAUCAGAUGUGUAACAGCGAGGAUGCACAUUCAAUCUACUUCAGCGCUUUUGUAAAUAAACUAAAGCGGAACACAGGCAACAAUGGAGAACAUGUGCACUGUACAGGUGAAAUUGGAGCUGGGACACAGAGCCCAGUUAAGGAAGAAAGUCACUACCGAGGGCUUCACACAUGACUGGAUGGUGUUUGUUCGGGGCCCGGAGGCGUGUGACAUCCAGCACUUUGUGGAGAGAGUUGUCUUCCGCCUUCAUGACAGCUUCCCAAAACCUAAGAGAGUUUGUAAAGAGCCCCCAUAUAAAGUGGAAGAGUCGGGUUAUGCUGGUUUCCUCAUGCCUAUAGAAGUCUAUUUCAAAAACAAGGAGGAGCCUAAAAAGGUGUGCUUUAAUUAUGACCUUUUCCUGAACCUGGAGGGGAACCCACCCGUCAACCACCUGCGCUGCGAGAAGCUCACGUUUAACAACCCCACUCACGAGUUUAGACGCAAGCUAGUCAAGGCCGGUGGGGUGUUUUUCUCAUCUCAGGCUAUCGUUGUUCCUGAGGGAGCGGAGAUGAUGCCUCGACCCAGUCCGGAUUAUCCAAUGCUGCCGACUAUUCCACUCUCUGCCUUCUCAGACCCCAAGAAGAUCAAGUCAAGUCAUGCGGUAAAGGAGUCAAGUAAAGAUGGAGGAAGUGGGAGCAGUAAAAACCUUAAAGCCCAUAAGGCAACCAAAGAGCAACAAGAGCGCACACGAAAAGACUCUGAGAGCAAAGCCACAUCCAGAGAGAGCGACCGAGAGAGCAAAUCAUCACGAGACCUGUCAUCAUCCUCUUUUUCCAAGAAAUCCACAGACGGCAGAGGAAAAGACGAUGUGAAAACGGUGCCCAAAGCUGCCUUCAAAGAGCCCAAACUCACGGUCAGAGAGUCCAAGAUGGAUGGCAUGUCUCCAAAAGGUGGUGGAGGGGUGACUGGUGGAGGGGGUCAAGUAGACACUAGAACCCCAGGCAAACGGCCCUCGUCUGCCACAGAGUCGCCGAAGCUUACUACCAAGAAACAGAAGAGGAUUGGCUCCGAGGGCAUGAAGGGUGGAGGCUACAGCAGCAGCUCUCCCCGCAUUACCUCAACAACACCCUCAAAUUAUCCAGAGAAGAAAACCACGAAAGAUAAAGGUCACUGGACCAAGAUGAAAACAGAGGUGGCGGAAGUCAAAAGGCAACCCGAGUCUGAUGAAUCCAACUCCGAGGAUGAAGCCUCUUCCAAAUCAGAGCAGUCGGCGCCAUCCAGUCCAUCAAGUUCCAGCUCAAGCUCCAGCUCUGAUUCUGACUUUGAGCCGUCGCAGAAGCAAGGCCAAGGGACACUGCGUUCAAUGGUGGAGGAUAUGCACUCUGAGGGCUCUGAUGACGACAGCAGCUCUGAGGUUGAGACACCCAUGAAGACGAAUCCAUUCAACCACGACUCACGUUUGAGCAUGGACAGUGAGAGUGAUGGUAACGAGGAGUCCCGUCCUCCCAGCCAGGAAGCCCCCUCACCUUCACCCAAACUCAGCUCAGCAAACCUUAAGAUGUUAGGAAAAAAGAGCCCUGACUCUUGCAACCGCGAGAAGGUAAUCAAGAGGGGAUACGACAAGGUAGGAACGGCUUAUACAGAGGAGCUUAUGGACCUCCAUCGCAGACUGAUGGCUCUCAGAGAGAGGAACAUUUUACAGCAGAUUGUUAACCUCAUAGAGAAGACCGGCCAUUUCAACAUCACCAACACAACCUUUGACUUUGACCUAUUCUCCUUGGAUGAGUCAACUGUACGCAAACUCCAGAGUUACCUGGAAGCCACGUCCACAUGACACAAGGAAGCUGCUCGGCCGUGAUUUGUGUGAAAGAGAGGCCCCUAAACGAUCAUGGGGCAAGAAGGAAAGUUAUCGAAAGCAACAUAUAAAUGCACAGGAAACAAACAAAUGACAAAACGAGCAAACGAACAACAACAAAAACUCUAUACUGUAAUACAAACAAGCAAACAAAAGAACCAGAGGCUUAACGGGGCGGUUUUCAGGGUUUAUCUAAUAACAGCACUGCGCAUUGCACUAAGAAACAAACUGUUGGCACAAUACUGUCCAAAAUGGACAAGAUCUCGCAUAGGAAUGGAUGAUGAGACACCUUGUAUUAAAAGUAAGUACAUUUCAAAGCUGGUUUUGCACCAAAGCUGUAACACUGGUGGAUCCCUCGCUCUGGCUUUAACGCAGGAGCGAUGACUGAAAGACUGUGUUCGCUCUCUACCCUGUCACUUUUCUGCUCCAUGUAUGUCAAAUGUGGAAAGAGCCCAACUUGAUCAAACUUUAUCUGCAUACUGUCUGUGUCCGCAUAGCUUCGUAGCCCCCCACGUGUUGGAUAAAGUACAUAUUUCCAAGCUUUGGUGAUAGACGCUCCCUCAUAUCAGCUAAUGGGGGGGAACUAUCAGCCUUUGUAGUGCCUUUUUAAAAUAUCAUGUUUUUAAAUUAUAAUCGUUUGUGAGUCUCUUGUUGGUCCUGGGGCCGUUAACAUUGAAAUGCCUGAAAUCGACACUCUUUUAAAGACGGUUUAAUAGCUGUCCCGAGAGAACAUGUUAUGAGAGAACCAUUCUGCAUGUGUGAUCUUGCGCAUUAUUGUCUGUUUCUUGAUGGUCGGCAACAUGAAGUCAGUUUGUUAACCAUUUAAGGUUCUAGUUUAUUUAAGUACCUGUGCACUUUUCUCUGGUCACUUCAGUGCUUUGUAAUUAUCUGAUUACUAUAUUUAUGAUUAUGUUCUUUUUUUUACAUAGACUUGCAAAAAUGUACAGAUUUUUGUCAAUGUUUUUAAUGCAUAUUAUUGAUUAUUCGAUCACUUGAGAGAAUAUGCACACAGAAUGAAGAGGGUGAUUUUUCUUUCGUCUGUAUUCCAAUGGUGCAAUUGGGAGAAAAGAGAGUCUUCUGUUCACCUGAAGUAUUAUACAAGUGAAUAUGUAUUUGUGUCAGAUACGUAUUGUCUGAUGAUAUUGCUUUUUAAAAAGCAUACCCGCUUGACAUGUUAUUCUUCAUUGUCGAAUGCCAGUUACCCUUUUUGAUUCUCAAUAAUGUAUGGUUGUAAAGUAAACAAUGUUUUCAGUGAAACAUUUGUGUUACACCAUG